AUGGCAGAGACUGAUACAUCGGCCAAUUGCGCUCCUGAAAUCUACCUCAACUCGGAAUUAGCGAAAUUGUUCAACAGUUUGAGAUUGGAAGUUGAUCACGAAAAAAGCAGAUUCUAUGUUGCUUCAGAUGCAAACUCUCAUUCGUUCCCCGAUUUCGAGCUCUCGUCCCAAAUUAGUGUCAACGAAGUCUCAGAGGAAAAUCUUUUGAAAGAAGAUUCCAUUGAUGGCCCACUCAGCUCCUUCAUUGAAGAAUCAACGAAGGAGUUUCCUCAUUGCUGUGAACCUGGAUUAUCUCCACGUGAUUCGAGUCUAUCUAAUUCUUACGCGGAUACCAAUCAAACAAAUGUGGUCAAAGUGCAAAUGAUUUGCCAAGAUGAAAACCUUACUCUUAUUUCGAAUCCUUUGAGUCAGGUGGAUUCCGACGACACGAACAUAGUUGAGAAAUCAACCAGCCUGGUUUCUCCCACUAUAAACUUUGAUGAAGCUCAUCAAUUGCAACACGUCAACGAACACUUCUUACCUGAUCAUCUGGAAAUAAAAGGGCUCGACAACGUGGAAAAGAUAGACACCAAGAGCCUGUCUAAGUUGGUACCCCAUUUAGGGGUGGACCAUGGAAGGCCUAAUGAUUCGACUACCUUAAAAUUUCAUUCAAAAGCAAAGGUUCUCAUCUAUAAUCAUGAUAGCGAUUGCAAAUCUAUAAGAAAAGUGUUCUCGCCCCAGAAGUGCAAAGACGGUAGCCCCUUGAAGAGGAUUAAUAGGUCAAUCAGUAGAAGGUUUUCAGGAUUAGGUAUCAAUUCGCCAACCUCAGGAUCCAAGGUUAACGUGAGUACACAGAGCACGCGUGAUCGUUCUAUAUUAAAGAACAAAAUCAAUGUUAAUGAAGAACAAGAGUCCGUUAGAGCCAAUAAUUGUGACGAAGUCCAAGUGGAGGACUUUCUGUGCUUCUUUGAGACACAUGAACGUAGACGCAUGGAUACCGAACCUUUUCUGGAACAUUUCCGCGAAAAGCAGAUUGAAAACUACUAUGAGAAUAUCUAG